CACCAGAAAACACACAUACUAAAGCCUGCAUUCUCUUCGCUUCUUGCCCUUCUAGCUAAGCUAGCUCCUUGCACCUUUCUCUUCCUUUCUAAUAGGUUUUGAUUCUUUAUGUUGUUCUUAUUAAUGGGUUCGUUCUUGGUAUAAAGAUCAAAGCCACAUAUACCUCAAGGUCCACUUACAGAAACGUCAUUUCCAGCAUCCUUAUAUAGCAUCUAAAGAAAACAUAAAAAAGGACAUAAAAGCAAAACACAAAAAUGGUUGUUACGGAAUCUGAAGUAAUCUCCCAAAAUGAGGUCGAUUCGCCGUUACAACCCGACCAACAACCUAGAAACCUCCCAUUCUCAUCUCUUGGCAGGCAAUCUUCCAUUUACUCGCUAACCCUCGAUGAAUUUCAGCACACCCUCUGCGAGAGUGGUAAGAAUUUCGGGUCGAUGAACAUGGAUGAAUUCCUCACAAGUAUCUGGAACGCAGAGGAAAACCAAGCUACUGCCACGAGUAGUAGUGAUCGCAUCAAUAAUACAAACAAUAAUAGAGGAAAUCGUCUGAGUAGUUUUAAUGAUCAUUUGUCUGCCAAUGAUCAUAGAGCUAUAUCGAGGCAGCCUAGUUUGCCCAGACAAGGUUCGCUCACCUUGCCUGCGCCGCUAUGUAGGAAAACAGUGGAUGAAGUUUGGUCUGAAAUACAUAGAGAGCAGCAGCGAGGACAAGGGCAUAGUAGUACUAGUAGCAGUGGUGAUAAUAACAUGCAAAACCCCGAAUCUGCGGCUCGGCAACCGACAUUCGGAGAGAUGACAUUGGAGGAUUUCCUGGUUAAGGCAGGAAUAGUCAGAGAACACGGCAGCCCUGCUGCGCCGUCAAUAUUGCCUUCUCAUCAACAACAACAGUACGUAUUGUAUAACCAAAGUGUAACCAAUAACAAUCAUGCUAUUGGGACAGGUUUUGUUUCGAGGCCUGUUUUGGGAGUGUCUGGUGGUGGCACGGGUGGGGGUAACUCGGUUGGCUAUCAGACAAUGGCGCCACAAAGUGGUGCUGCAGGAGAGACUCCGGGGAGGAAUGCAGGGUUUAUACCGCAGGGAGCUGUAGCACCAUCAGGGUCAGUUUAUGGUGGGAGAGUUGGGAAUGGUGGUGGAUAUGCUCCAACUGAAGGAAUGGGGGUCGUUGGGCAAGUUAGCCCUGUGUCAUCGGAUGCUAUGGUUAAUACUAGCGUUGAUAAUACUGCAAAUCAAUUUGGAAUAGACAUGGGAGGAUUAAGGGGAAGGAAGAGGAUAAUCGAUGGGCCGGUUGAGAAAGUUGUUGAGAGGAGACAACGGAGAAUGAUCAAGAACAGAGAAUCCGCUGCAAGGUCUAGAGCUCGAAAACAGGCAUAUACGGUUGAAUUAGAGGCAGAGCUAAACCAACUUAAAGAAGAGAACAAACAGCUUAGGCAUGUUCUGACAGAACUUGAGAGGAAAAGAAAACAACAGGUAUUCCAACUUAUGGCGACCACAUUUCUCAAUGAUAUUGAUAUUUGGAUUGGUCCUCACAUUAUAAUACAACUCACGAAGUGUUUCCCUCGUAUACAUAAGCCAAGCAAUGACAGGAGCAGCCGAGAACUCAUCUGCAUCAUCCAUGAAAAUCGACAAAUUCUGCAAUCCAAAUGUUUGGAAUAUGAUAAUCAUUUCAUUAUGGCAGCUUGUGUGUCACCGUAUUGUACACCUUCUGAUACUAGGAACCCAAUGGGGAUGCUAACUGUUCUUGGAGGAAGACUGGCAGUGGAGAAUCACCUUGGAAGAGUUGGCUCUCUUAAAUUGUCAGAUGACAAGAACCGGUUUCUGGGUGCUAACCAGAAAGCAAACUUUUCUCAUUUUAAAUGUUCGGCGAAGUCUCAUAGUGUCAGUCCUUAUCCCAACAAAGACCCUUUUCUGGAUCUGCAUCCUGAAAUAUCAAUGCUUAGAGGUGAGGGAAACAAUACGGUAACCACCCCAAAGAAGGAUAAUUUGAGUGGAACUGUUACUGACAGCUUAGGACAUGAAUCUAGUCCAAAUAAUUAUAAUGAAGCAAAGAUCAAAGUUAUUGGUGUUGGAGGUGGUGGAUCAAAUGCAGUCAAUCGCAUGAUAGAAAGCGCAAUGAAGGGUGUGGAGUUUUGGAUUGUCAACACAGAUGUGCAAGCAAUGAAAAUGUCUCCUGUAUUUCCUGAAAAUCGUUUGCAAAUUGGUCAGGAGUUGACUAGAGGUCUUGGAGCUGGAGGAAACCCAGAAAUCGGAAUGAAUGCUGCCAAAGAAAGCAAAGAAGCAAUAGAAGAGGCACUUUAUGGUUCUGAUAUGGUCUUUGUCACAGCUGGAAUGGGUGGGGGAACCGGCACUGGUGGAGCUCCUGUGAUAGCAAGUGUUGCAAAGUCGAUGGGUAUAUUGACAGUUGGUAUAGUCACAACCCCUUUCUCAUUUGAGGGACGAAGGAGAGCAGUUCAGGCGCAAGAAGGAAUUGCAGCUUUGAGAGAUAGUGUUGACACACUGAUUGUCAUUCCAAACGACAAGUUAUUGACCGCUGUAUCACAAUCUACCCCGGUAACAGAAGCAUUUAACCUUGCUGAUGAUAUUCUGCGCCAAGGUGUUCGUGGCAUCUCUGAUAUUAUUACGAUUCCAGGAUUGGUGAAUGUGGAUUUUGCUGAUGUGCGAGCUAUAAUGGCAAAUGCAGGAUCUUCAUUGAUGGGGAUAGGAACUGCAACUGGGAAAACAAGGGCAAGAGAUGCUGCAUUAAAUGCAAUUCAGUCACCUCUAUUAGAUAUCGGUAUAGAGAGGGCAACUGGAAUAGUAUGGAACAUAACUGGUGGAAGUGAUUUGACUUUGUUUGAGGUAAAUGCUGCAGCAGAGGUUAUUUAUGACCUUGUAGAUCCAACUGCGAAUUUAAUAUUUGGAGCAGUAAUUGAUCCCUCACUAAGUGGUCAAGUCAGUAUAACUCUAAUUGCAACUGGAUUCAAGCGGCAAGAAGAAAAUGAAGGCAGGCCCCUCCAGGCAGGUCAACUAUCAGGGGCCGACGUAACGUUCGGAAUCAGUAGGCGACCCUCCUCUUUUACUGAAAGUGGUUCAGUGGAGAUUCCUGAGUUUCUCAAAAAGAAAGGCCGCUCUCGCUAUCCAAGAGCUUAAAUUACAUUUAUCACUAAAGAUGUUCAUUCUAAGGAUCUACGAUACAUCUGUUUAGGUAUUAGUUCCACACAGCUUUCCCUGUGAAUUCUAGUAAUGAGGUAUCAAGAGUGAAUGCUUGUUUAGAAUAUAGAAUUCCCUAAUAAGUUGUAGAUGUUUUGUGCUUUGAAUUGCUCAUCAAAAGAAAAUACAUGUGCUAUUUUCCUUCCCAAGUGUUUCAAUAAUCUCAGAAAAGUUUCUCAGGUUGCGCCAUAGAGCGGCUUGUACAGUGUGUGUGGAUGGAGUUGAGAUGUACCCAUUAGUUAUUAAUCGACUUAUUUGUUUCUAAAUAGUGUUAUUUGGACACUAUUAGUUAUUAA